AUGAAUUUUGACUGUGUCUGUCAUUUAAUGGAAGAUAAACAACUUCUAAAAAGCCAGCAGAAAGAAGUUGUAGAAGGGAACCAUGUAAAAACAUAUAAAAUAUGUAAAUCAAAUAUAAUUACAGAAAAAGUUCUUCCUUCUUCAGCCUAUCAUCACUAUAAGUAUAUUUAUAACAGCAGUGACUGGGAAAUAUGUGAGGAGCUACGGAUUCGAGAGCUUGAAGAAGCGAAGGCCAGGACAGCUCAAAUGGAGAAGACCAUGCGUUGGUGGUCAGACUGUACUGCCAACUGGAGGGAGAAAUGGAGCAAAGUUAGGGCAGAAAGAAAUAAAGCACAUGAGGAAGGAAGGCAGCUCAAGCUAAGACUGGAAGCCGCAAUGAAAGAGCUGAGAGCCCUGAAAAAAAAUAACCAACGUAUACUUAGUGAGAAUCAAGAAGUAGAAACUGAAAAUAUUUGGAAAAAUAAUUUUGAUUCUUCAGACUUGAGCUGGAUUAAAGAAGACCAUACAAGGCUUCUGGAGAAAGAACCUCUUAAAUACGUACAGAUCGACGAGAUCUGUAAUGAAGACUGUGCCCAUGAGGAUACUUGUACAACAGAAAACACUUCAGAACAUCAUGAUAUAAGAAUCAGUCUGGAAAUUCUUAAUUCUGGAGAUAAAUGUACACCUGCAGUUUCUCUGGAAAACCCUAACCCAAGCAAGGACCAUGCACUGCAUUCUCAGGAAGAUGAAGUAAUGCAUAUUUCUGUGUUACAUUUACGACUUCAUGAAUUGCAGAAAAUCUUGCAGAAGGAACAAAAAAUCCACUCAUCUUUGGAAAAAGAACUAGAGAAACUGAAAUCUGAUAUAUCUCUGUGGAAAUGGAAAUAUAAUGAACUGAGAAUGUUCAAAGAGGGAAACUUAAAACAGUUUGGUAUAAAUCAGAACAAGGAGGAAACAGUUUUGGAUCAUCUAGAAGAAGAAAAUGGAACCUGGGCCCAAAAAGAUAUAAAGAUCCAGGAUUUACAAGCAGAGAUAGCGAGACUUCAGUCUGAGAAUGCCUCAGAGUGGGGAAGAAGAAAAAUGCUUGAAACAGAAAAUGAAGAUUUGGACAGAGAAAACAGAAAACUGAAGAUCCAUGUGAAAGAUCUUCAAUAUCUCCUUGACAGAAAACUGUCUGCAAUUAAUUUGUGUGAAGAUCCCCAGGCAACACAAACUGAACCUCUGGGAAAAAACAAGGACUUUAUGGAUCUGCAACUCAGUGACAGUGUAGUCUACAAGCAAGAGCAAGAUAUAUUGGCAGAACUUGUGCACACAAGAAAGAGGGUAGAACAGCAUAAGGCAGAAGCAAAGGAGCUGAGCAUUAGAGUUGAAGAUCUGAGAAGAAAAUUAAAGCAAGUAGAAGACAAGGUAUAAAAGGUAGAAACCAACUUUGCCUUCAUCAUGCUGCUCAAGACUAUGUGGGCAAUAUGAACUGUGUAGCAUUGCCUGAUAGUCUCCAAGUGUCACAGCUUUUACUCUUUUGAACCUGAUAAAGCAUACUCAAUUGUAUUAUCAUAUCUUGUACCAUAAAUAUACUCUGUGCUCACUUAUAUGUUAUUUUGAUAUCCUUACUAGACAAGGCCUCAUGUACAUUAAAGAAAGAAAUCUUACAAACUUCUCCCUCCUCACUCAAGAAUCUUACAAACUUCCCCUUCUCACUCAACAUUGUUGAAUCUACUAUCAUUUUAACAAGGCACAGCAUACCUUAUUUUUUACUAAUAAUUAAUGAAGGUAAUAUUUAUAAACCAUGAGACUUUUUCAAUGUCGGCAUAUAUAUGGAACAAUUCUUGUCGCUCUUCAAAAUAUGAGAAUAUUCUUUGUAUAUUGUCACUGCUGUAUAUAUGAUAAUCUUCAGUGUAACUAGGUUGCUUGCUUCUGAAUAUAUUUGGGUAGAUGACUACAGCUAUUGGUACUAUAAAUACCAUCUUACAUUCCAUAUGCCUGUUACCAAGGGAAAAUGAUUCUGAAGUUAUUUUGAGCGCCAAUGUUUUUGGCUAGGUUUAACUGCCUACCUUUGCUAAGCAGUGGGUAUUCACUUGUGAUUUGUUUGUUGGAAAUACUGUGCUUUUGCCAUCUGUACAUUGCAGCAAAUGAUUAGGAGCAUAAGAAUAUAUUAUGAAACCAAACAGUCUUGAGAAAACUUGCCUAAUCGUGUCUGCGCAACUGUACAAAGCAGCUUUUCCAACAGAAGUUGCUGCAUAGCUGCCAAAGUUAACAGCAAUCUGAACAAGACAAGCAGGGACUUUAGAAACUGCAGCCAUAAUACAGAGAAAAUAAUGUGUGAAAUGGUCCAUGGAAGCAUUUUCAGAAUACUAAAUAGUUGCCCUUUCACUUAUUUCUAGUGCAUGUGCUAGCAGAAAAUAAACAUUCAGAAUGUUAUGUGGCUAGAACAGUUUACAAAAUUGGAUAGGCAGAAAGUAGCACUGGAUUUCUUCACUUAGCAUAAAUAUCAGCUGCUCUUGUGGCUCACUUCUGCACAGAUUUAGGGAACUUCCAUGCAGUUCCCUACCACAGUUAAAGGGAACAUUGCUUUACAGCCUUCCCCACCUUACUACAUCCCAUAUUAAAAUAUGAGGAGGGAAGGAUGCAUAAAGACUAAGAAAUUGGAAAAAAAACUUCUGAUUUUCUAAUGUUAUGGCUGUAAAUGAUUUACAUUACACAAAACUCAAAAAUAUAUGUAAGAAUAAAGGAAAUAUCUAAUGACACUGAAAGGGAGUUCACAGGUAAAUCAUGUUUGGCAUAUCCUCUUCUGAACAGGCUUUAAAGAUACGGAAAAGUGCUUAAUCAACUGUUAUAAAUGCCUAGAAUUUUCUGGUAGCAAAAGAAUUACUGGAAUUGGGAAGAAAAACAAAAUUUCAAAGUAUAUUUAUUUUCUCAUCUACGAUACAUACUUCUUUUUUGCUCCAUUCAUGUGAAGAAAUCAGGUUAAACUAAAGCAAAACCUAAUGCUUCAAUAAUGGAUUAUCAAAGAAUGAUGUGUAUCUUCUAUGUUCUUUACCAAAUCAUAUAAACUGUAUUUCAUGGUAAAGAAAUAAGUUCGCUAAAAUUAAACAUGCUGUUAUCUGAUCAUUCUCUGUAAAAUGACAUAUACCAAAUAUUGUGUGUGUUCAUGUAUCAACAGCAUAGAUUACUUAUGGCGUGAAUGAUGUGUCCAGUCUGCAUUGGUAAGCAAGGACAAUAUUGUUGGUUAAGCACUGUCCAGUA